GCUGUUGGUCAUCUUUCAUGCUGCGGCGCAGUUGCCUUAGCGGUGUGCUCGUACUCCUCACAAACGCCAUCGUCGACGCCACGACGACGACGACGACGCCGUGGCAAUGCGUGCAACUGCCGCGCGGCUACGGCGCCUUUCGCUACACGACGGGCAUCCUCGAGUGCAAAUCAGUGCGUGGCAACUGCCUUCUGUCGGCGACGACCGGCCAUUGCAACGAUACGCUGAUGGUUUUACGCUGCACGGACGCCCUGCCCGACUGCGUGGCCGCGGCCAAUGUCCUAGCAACCAAUAACUCCACCACCGAAACGCCGACCAAUCGGUCGGCUGUGCCCUUACCGAUCCCGAGCAACACGACCACGUUGUUACCCAACACAACGACCCCCAGUACAACAACACGUGAGCCUUCGACACCGGGACCGACAACCGCCGACAUGGUUGCAACGGCCGCCGCCGGGCAGUCGUCGUUGGACACAAAGUCGGCGGUCUGCAUCGCUGUCAUUGCGGCGUUGGCAGUCGUGGCGCUGGCGACGGCAGCGUGGAAGGUGCAGCGGUGGCGCCAAGAAGCCCGGCGCGCGGCGCGAACACCGUUGCCGCAGUUUACGGUGCAACAUGACAAGGCCAACGAAGACAGCGUGGGACCGAGCCACGUAGCUCUCCACUCAACACGCAUGUGGUGGGAGCACCCGACGUUUCUAAACAACGUGUUCUUGAGCGGCAAAUCCAGCAAGUCGAGCAAGUCCAGUCGACACGGCGCGCUCGACACGCCGUCGUCGUCGUCGCGCCCCCCCGUGCAUCUCUAACACUCUUAUUUUACUAAUUUAACAUCGACGCUUUGUCUUCA